AUGGACCAGUAUCAUGUGCUUGAAUGCAUUGGCGAGGGUUCAUUUGGACGUGUUUAUCGGGGACGCAGGCGUUAUACUGGCCAGACUGUGGCUCUCAAAUUCAUACCCAAAUCGGGUAAAAGUGACAGAGCCUUUCAGAACCUGAAAAAGGAAAUUGAAAUUAUGAAGUCCAUGGAUCAUCCUAACAUUAUCGCCAUGGUGGAUGCUUUUGAAACGCCAAAGGAGAUGGUUGCUGUUACCGAAUAUGCCGAAGGGGAUCUUUUUCAGAUUCUGGAAGACGAUGGAUCCCUGCCGGAGGACGUGAUUCGAUCCAUUGCUGCGCAAUUGGUGUCAGCCUUAUACUAUCUUCAUGCCCACCGCAUUCUCCAUAGGGAUAUGAAACCACAAAACAUUCUUCUCGGCCACGGUGGAGUUGUCAAGCUGUGUGACUUCGGUUUUGCCCGAACCAUGAGCUUCAACACCCUCGUGCUUACUUCUAUCAAGGGCACUCCGCUGUACAUGUCACCAGAAAUAGUUGAAGAACGCCCUUAUGAUCAUACGGCUGACUUGUGGGCUCUUGGGUGUAUUUUAUAUGAAUUGGCUGUUGGAACGCCCCCAUUUUAUACCAGCAACAUUAUCCAACUUGUCAAAAUGAUCACGAAUAAUAAAGUUAAAUGGAGUGAGAAGAUGUCUCCUAUGUUCAAAAGCUUUCUUGCUGGACUGUUGGAAAAAGAUUCUAGGAGGAGGCUUCAAUGGCCUGAUCUUCUUCUUCACCCCUUCAUUGCGGAUCUUGUUCACGUUUCCCCAAUCACAAAGCGUCUGCGAAGCCCCUUUACUCAACCCCUGACCGCUAGCCAGUCGCUUGAAAAGGAGAGACAGACCCAGCUAAAGGCCCGACCAAAAAGCAGUCGGAUUUUACGCACUCUGUCUAAAGACACUGUAUCAACGAAGCCUCAGCCAUCCUCUGCUGGUACAGUCACGCCGAAGGACGAGAGCAGCAGGGUCGUGCUGCCGCCAACCUCGAAGCUUACCCGUCAGGCAACCGCCCCCGAGACUAUGGCUAAAGUGCCGGUACCAAGGCCUCCGGCACCCGAGGUAUCCGAGGCGAUGCUUAGUUGGUUAGCGUUUCUGUCGAAGUCGAACGCAGAACUCUGGGAGACCCUAGCCAACCUCCGAGAAACUGGUCGGGUUCCCACUGCGACGGAACAGCAAGCACUUGCGAGCACGCUCGUUGCUGCAGACACCCUCAUGUCAGCGAGGAGCAAUUGGGACCUCAUGUUGAUGACCGACGCUCGUUUUGUUGCGAGCCUGUGCGCCGCACUAGUCAAACCCCAGUGGUGGGCGCUUGUCCUCUCCGGCGAGCUCCCUCCAUCGGUUUCGACUGUUACGCCUACGCAAGCUGCGCGCAAUCUUGAAGCCAUUAUAUCCGUGGUAACCAACGUAAUCACCGUUGAAUGCAACGUGCUCACUCUUGUUGAAUUCUACGAACGCACCAAUCUCCCGAAUUUCCUGGUGCAGCUUCUCGAUGAGCUGUUAAAAAAAGAGUCUGUCCUUUCACAACCUUGGUGCCAGAAUUCCCUCCUGCAGCUUAUCGUCACCAUCAAUGCGUACUUUGUGAGUGAAAUUGCACACACCCCAGAACCGCCGCAUUCAGCACAAGCCAUCUACAUCGGCGUGGGUCUGAAGGUACUUCAACUGAUGCCAUCACUUUUGUGCCUCACCCGUGAUACCGAUUUCAUUCGUGGAGAACAAACUAUUCUUUGCUUCCGCUACUUCCUCGAGUGUCUUCGCAAAUGGCCCAACGCCAUCAUUUCUCGCUUCCUUUCUGCGGCGAUUUCCGACUGCACAGCCACCAUCGACCUUCUCUUGCAGUUUCCUUCCAUAGGCGGAACCACCAAAGUCACCUGUCCCAGUCUUGCACUCAGCACAUAUCCUACGUUAGUUCAUCGUGCCAGGGAGCACGCCGAUAGCAUUCGAGAGAAGGUCAUCAUCAUUCUCGCUCUUCUUACCGAUCCCUACAAAAAGGAGCUCGACCGGGGCUCUGCUCCUCCUCCCCCUCCUUCUUCUCAGCAGAUGGCGUCGUACAUUGGAUCGCGUCUCUGCGACCGCCAUAUGAAGCAGUACCUUCAAACGUUGGUUUGUGGCAUCCGUGAGACCAAAGUCUGCACCGUGGCCGCAAGUAUACUCUACGAAUGCAUGCAAAAUUCUCCUUCAUUGGCAAUUCUUCUGGCUUCUGAUGAUUCUGGAUACAUUGACAACUUAAUGGGAAUCUUGGAAUUCCUUUUGCAGGAAACGCAACCGAAAACGGUCCAACUUAUCGAACUUGCCAUCCUCUCACUCAGCUGCUUAAUAAUGAUGCUGCGGUCGAUCCCCAACGCAAUCUCGUUGAAAGUGAAGAAACUCUCCACCCUCUUUAUGCGCUCACAGCUACCUAACCACGCGGCCGCAAUGGGGCUGCUUUUGGCUCAGCUGAUGCGCUACCAGCCGCUGAUUCCAGUCGUUGAGCCCCGCGACCUGGCCAGGGUGCUGUUUCUCGUGUUGAGGAGUCCACUGGCGCAAAAUCGAGAAUCUAGGGAACGGCUGUUGGAAGUUCAGCAGUCUGCCUCGUCAUCCACCGUUAGCGCCCACGACCGGUCGGACGAGACGAUGGCUCUCUUCGGCCUUCCGCAGACCCACUGGCCUUGUGGAACAGGUUGGCUGGACGGCCUCUUCGAACUGGUCGACUUGUGCUCCGCCCAUCCUCACUUCUGCGCCUCGUUAAUGCAACAUCUGAUAGAAGGACAAUUGUGGUCGCGACUUUGGCCGGCAAUAUCACAGAUGUUUGCGGUGUCUGGUAGCGAUUCACCUCAGCAAUCUGCGACUCUGCUCGACUCGCAUUUACUCUCUAUUGCCGGCUUAAAUCACGCAUUACACCUUAUCCUCAAACUGGCUGAUCAGGAACCGCGCCUCCUGUUCCACGCCCUUCGUGAUGAGAACUGUGAUGCCCUUUCAUGCCUAAACAUUCUUCUUUCAUGGCCUGUAAUGCAUCAGGGCGAUGACAAAGACUUCGACAGCAUUACAGAGUCAACUGUGAACAUACUGGAGUUGCCACUAAGCACCGCGAACACUUCGGAGUACUUUCCGGUUAUAUUACGGGCAUUCGCCACAAGAGGCACCCUCGCAACACUGGGUCAACUUGCCAUGCACACUGCAAGCUCUGCCAAGGCUUCUGCGGCCGUUUCCGAGCGGGCAAAAAGCAUCCUUCGCCUCUACUUCGACAUGGCGUCCAGAGGUCUCUCAAUGAACCUGUCUGCCAGCACUGACCACCCAUUUAUCGUGGGGCUCUCGGGGUGCCCCGGUGAGCGUCGUUGGACUGUGGAGACGCGUUUUACUGACAAUGCACCGCUCUUUGAGCCUUUUCUGGAGUCAAUUGUAGCAGUAGUGAAGGCGGCUGAUGGAAGUGUCAACCCCAAUUUUGUAAAGCUGAUGGCUUAUGGUCUAUCGUCCUCUGACACCGCAUUAUUCACAUCAGCCUGUGCCUUCCUCUCUCAACUCCUGUUCAAAGUAAUCGAUUCAAAUGCUCCUGCGAGCAAUCCUCCCAGUUCCACUUUCACCGAAGGCAGAAAUGUGGCGUGCACCGUCCUCCAGCAGUUCGUCCUUUCGAUCACUUCCAUCAUGGAGGAGGAGAAGAGCAUCACCAUUUUAAAGCGAUUGCUAGCCCAAGGACAGUCACCGUCAACGAUGAUAUGGUCUCUUUCAACCCUCGUAUCGAUGUUUGUGAUUAUCGACAACACUCUGGCCCCAUCAACGCCGGACAACCAAGUAUUGUCCUCCUUUGCUGCAAGCAGUUUUCCAGUCCUCCAAGGGAAAGACUACCUAGGCAAUUCAAUAACCGCGAUCCGCUACUAUGCCUUGACGCUCCUUGUCUUCACCUCUCGAUGGACAGCCAUAAAAUCUGAUUCGUCGUUGACCACCACGCUGGAAACCUUGUUGAGUGCCGACCAACACCCGUCCGUCAGAAUGGCAGCGUGUUGUUUCUUCGAAUGCCAGCUUGUGCAUGCCUUGACAAUUGGCGCUGUCGUUGACACUCGAAUGAUCAGUUGUUUGCUAGAAUCUGCAUGCACCGACUCUUCUUUGGACGUUCAAGAAGUUGCUUUGGGUGCCCUUCGAAGGAUUUUUGAAAUGGAACCCACCUUAAAGCAGGGGUUCCUUCAGACCGGUAUUCUUAAACGGUUGACUGUUCAGUACAGCACAGUCAACAAUCAAGUCAGUCGACCGAGUCUUUUACGGCGUUUUCUUGGCAACCGGAAUCACUCGCAUUCGUCUGCAUCCAACUCCACUAACCACCCGGUAUACGAGUCCAUACUGAAGCACCUGACUGCGCUGUGUGGCCCGGAACAGCUCCAGUAG